AUUGAAUAUAAAAUAUCUUAUAUUAAGAACGAUAUCCUUUGGAAAGAUGAUGGACGUGUACAGGCGAGCAGUGAAACGGUUUCCGUUGGGAAGCGUCAGUCAUAUGUUCGCCUAUGGAUCUGGUGUUAAACAACAGGAAGGCUACCAAAAAGUUGGAACUCCUUCAUCCGGGAGCGUUAUAGAUCUGGUUUUCUGCGUUCGGGAUGCUCUGGGCUUCCAUGCGGAGAAUCUUCACCGCCAUCCUGGACAUUAUUCCGCCCUGAAACACCUGGGCCCGAGGUUUUUGGCCCAAUACCAGGAGCGUUUAGGAGCUGGCGUCUAUUGCAACACGUUGGUUCCAUUGCCGGAUGUAGGAGUUACUAUUAAAUACGGCGUUGUGUCGCAAGAGCAGCUUAUCGAAGAUCUAAUCGACUGGAAGCAUCUCUACUUGGCAGGAAGGCUACACAAGCCGGUCACGGAUCUAGUGGAUCCGUCAGACAAUCCUCCUCUAAAAACUGCUCUCGAUAGGAACCUUGUUUCUGCGCUGCAGGUGUCAUUACUAUUACUACCAGAGAAGUUUACCGGCUAUGAGCUGUUCCACACCAUCGCAGGUCUCAGUUACAAGGGUGACUUUCGUAUGAUUUUUGGGGAAAACAAACAGAAGGUCCACAACAUUGUGAGUCCCCAAAUCAACGACUUCUUCGCUCUGUACCAGCCAGCUUUGGGCAAGCUCGCCCAAUUCGUUGCUGUUGAUAUGAAGGGUCAGGAACCGGGCAGCAGAAAACCAGCUAUACUGUUCGAGCAGGACAAAUCGCAAACGGCAACGGCUUGCCACUUGAGAGAACUUCCUGGACAGCUAAGAUGCCGUCUUCAAAAGAACGCAGCGUGCCGUGGAGACUACCCGGCUGUGGUAGAUCACUUAGCCUUGGCUCCACAACUGCCAAAGGUUCUUCAGGCCUCUGUCAACGAUAUCGUUUGGCGCAGCAGCGUAACACAAUCCAUUAAGAACAUUGCCAGUGCCGGAGUGAUUAAGUCGCUCGUGUAUAGUUACCGCAAAGCUCAGAAGACAUUCGCCGUUUAAGGCCCUUUUACUUAAUAACUAAACCUGCCAAUUAUUAACUAAGUUGCCAUUUAGCUGUAUUUUGUUAUUUAUUUGUAAGCUCUAAAGUUGUUAGCUGCAAUAUAUGAACGCAUGCCCAAGGCGAAAA